CCCGCGGGCAGCCAUUGGCUCGGGGGCGGGGCGACGAGGCGGCCGGUUUGUGCCGUCCCCUGCCAUUGGCCGGACGCGCGGGCGUCCCCGUAAGGCGGGCGGGGAUUGGCGGAGCGGCGGCGGCGGCAGCAUGGCGGGCGGCGAGGGCUGGCGGCCGCCGCGCCCGUGCGAGGACUACUGGUGGGAGUGGAAGCACUGCCGCGGGCUGCGCCACGCCUUCCACCACUACUACGCCCACGGGGAGCUGCCGGCCUGCGGCCGCUGGCGGGACGACUACGAGGCCUGCCGCGCCUGGGAGCGGGGCCGCACCGCCGCCGCGCAGGAAGCUUUGUGUGAGAGCGAGAGAGCUCGAGUUACGGAAAGGCAGAAAUACGCUCCGGUGUGGACGCUGAGGAAGAGCCCACCCCCAGACUGGUACCUGCCGCUCGACCAAGACAAACCAAACUAGCGACACUGUUAUGCUGUGUUUGAUUUCAUCGCAGCCCCUCAUCAGGCAACUCCCGAGCUGUAGCUCCUCUCGCUAGACAAGGACCUCUUCCCCUCCAGCCGCCGCUGCGCAUCCGGAACAGGGCACCCACCCCCGGCCUGUCCCACGGGAAGACAAGACUCCGGCUGGGGCUCCUGCCUGCCGACUCAGGACGAUCACACCAACGGGAUCAAAAAGGCAUUUCCCACAGUCCGGGCUGUGGUGGGUUAAGAGCUUCUCACCUGGCGGGAGGAUGCUGCAGACCCUCAAACUACCCCCCUGCCUGGGCCUGCUCUCCAACAGUCACAUGUGUCAAUGGCAGUGUUCAACAGCACUACAAAAAUAAAGGUUUAAAUGAA